CCUGUAGCAGCCAUGCCUACAUGGCAGUGAAGAAAGAGCCGGAGGUGUUUGCAUGUUUACGCUGGAAUCGGCUCUGCUGCGCAAUUAAUGGAUCUGCGGAGGAGUCCACACGUCUCGCGAGAUUACUGGAACACUGUCGACAAAAAAGUGUGUUAAGCCACCGCCCGUCUCACUGACACCACCAUCAUGCCGACUGAGGAUCAGCAGUCACAGCAGCCCCGCCAGAGGAAGAAGAACAAAAAGUCCCGGUCCAAGGGGAAGGGGAAGGGACCCGGUGGGAGUCCCAGUGCACACCUGGGAGGCACUUUAAACGGGCAGGAUGACCUUCCCUUACCCCCCGUCCUCCAGCCUCCUCCUAAGAAGCCAGUGGAGGAGAGGCCUAAAGUGUCAGUGGCCAAAGUGGAGGAGGAGUCGUCCAUAGCCAUCUGCCUCCAGGUGCUCUUCCCCUACCUGCUGGCUGGGAUGGGCAUGGUGAUGGCCGGCAUGGUGCUGGACAGCGUACAGCACUGGGAAGUGUUCAAGGUGAUCACCGAGGUGUUCAUCCUGGUGCCAGCGCUGGUCGGACUCAAAGGCAACCUGGAGAUGACACUGGCUGCUCGCCUCUCCACUGCUGCCAACACAGGGCAGAUGGAUGACCCUGAUAAACAGUGGACCAUGGUCUGCAGCAACCUGGCACUUAUACAGGUUCAGGCAACAGUCGUGGGCUUCCUGGCGGCUGUGGCAGCAGUGUGUUUGGGGGCGGUUUCUAGAGGAGGAGUUGAACUGGACCAGGCAGCCGUCCUGUGUGCCAGCAGUAUCAUCACUGCCUUCGUAGCUGCUCUCUCCUUAGGCUUGGUGAUGAUCGGAGUGAUAAUCGGUUCCCGGAAGGUGGGGAUCAACCCCGACAACGUGGCCACGCCCAUCGCUGCCAGUCUCGGUGACUUGAUCACCCUGUCAUUGCUGGCCGGGGUCAGCAGCACGCUCUAUGAAUACAUAGAUGUGUGGUAUCUGUCACCCCUGGUGUGUGUGGUCUUCCUGGCUCUGAUCCCACUGUGGGUGGUGGUGGCCCGGCAGAGCCCUCAAAUCAGGGAGGUUCUCCGCUCGGGAUGGCAGCCAGUCAUUGUAGCCAUGUCCAUCAGCAGUUUUGGAGGCCUUAUACUUGACAAGACUGUGAGUGAUCCCAACUUUGAGGGCAUGGCCGUCUUUACACCAGUCAUCAAUGGUGUGGGUGGUAAUCUGGUGGCCAUCCAGGCCAGUCGUCUCUCUACCUACCUGCACUGCUGGAGCAUCCCGGGCGUGCUGCCAUACAAGAUGAGGCAGCACUGGCCCAACCCCUGCAUCACCUUCUUCUGCUCAGGGGUGAACUCCAAGUCAGCGCGUGUGUUGCUGCUGCUGGUGGUCCCUGGUCACCUGGUCUUCCUCUACGCCAUCUCUCUGCUGCAGGGAGGGGAGGCACCCAUCACCAUAGCCUUCACCAUCUGCUACCUGUUUGCCGCUCUGCUUCAGGUGGGCAUUCUUCUGUACGUGGCGGACCUGAUUGUCCGUCUGAUGUGGAGGAGGAGUCUGGACCCGGACAACUUCUCCAUCCCCUACCUGACCGCCCUGGGAGACCUGCUGGGCACCGGCUUCCUGGCCCUCUGCUUCCGCGGCGUCUCCUUGCUCCACAGCCUGGGUCUCUGAAAUCUGCCCCCCCCACACACACACACACACCUCUUACCCUGAACUCUCAGCCAGCCACUGUCUUGUUGCACUGAUGUUGUUUGAUUUACACAGAAAUGCUUUGAUUGGACAAAAAAAGCAUUUGAUUGACCCUUGUCACUGAGCUGGCUUGUACCAAGAAGCCCACCCAGGUGACAAAAAAUUCAAAGCUGCUCAUUGGUGGAGAGAAUUGUCCACCUCUGAGCUGAUCUUCAGCAGAGGAAUCUGUAGCCACCAUGAUGCAGUGUGACAGCAUACAACCCACUGAAUUCUGUAUAGUUCCCUAGAAAUGUUGAUCAGCGGCCAUUACUGUGAAACAUUUUGGAUCGUGUGUGUGAUAUCUGGUUGGACUUUGGGAUAGACAACCAGUGGACUUACCGCAGUCCACAUAUGGAAACAUGUGGACGGGCUAUACUAUGCAUUCAUGCCGAAGCUUGGGAAAUGUUAAACAUCAGCUGGAAUCUUCUGUCAAAGUCGUGCCCUUUUAGACUAAACUGGGCGGAAGCUUUCCCACAACCCCACUAACUGGUUUCCAUUUUACUUGAAUUGAUCGUUGUGCGGCGCUUUAUGUGCUGAGAGUUUGAAAGUCCCAUCAGGCCUAUUCACAUCAUGUCUGUCUGUCAGAAACAAGGCUCUUUUUCUUAAAGUUCCUUCACUCAAGCUGGUAUCUUUCAAAUGGACGGGAUCCAUAUCCAUAUCCAUAUCCACACCCAUGUGUCAAUGAGAGAAUACACGUCUCUAGUGUGGGGACACUGUCUCCAAACUGCAACAUGUUAUGAAAUUAGCAAGUGCAACUAAUGCUGCCACACCUGUGAGUGAUGGGGUUGGGUUUUUUUUCUGCUAUUUCACAUCAUCGUAGCUGUUGCUCCAGGGUCUAAACAGCCGUGUUCCCAAGCACUUUACUGAGUUUGCAGGACCCAGCGGGAUCCUAGUGGGAAAGAGCUGUGCAAUUAAUUGAAAAAAUAUGGAAAAUGUCCAUAUUGCAGCUGCAACUGGAGCUGAUUGUUGCUGUUUCGCUGUCCGGAGAGACUGCAGAGAGCCUUUCAGAAAGACCACCUAACUAGAUAUUCCAGCGUUGUGCGGUAUACUAGUUUUAUUCAAACUGAGCAAAUGACAAGCAAUAACUAGUUUUUUCCUCCGUCCACAUUUGUGUCCAAAGGUAUCACAAUUUGAAGAGUAGUUUCAGUGUUCUACAAAAUAUUUACCAUGUUUUGUUUUUGUGCUGUCAGCCAGUCUGAGAGAUGACACAGAUAUCUUUCUCAAGUGUGGACGAUCUUAACUCUUGAAGAAUUGACAGUAUUUGGAGACAGUGUUUUUAUCAUUCACCUUGUGUUUACAACGACUGUGUAGCCUGAGGAUCCUGGGUAAUCGCUCAGUACUUGAUACUAACAGUCCCUUUAACAGAGGGGGUCCAUGAAGCCUUACUGUUCUCAUUAUUAAAGUAGAAUAUUUCAAGAUGCUAUCAGAACCAUAAAACCUCAUCAUUACAGCAGCGAGUACAUGCACACACUAUUCUUGAUGCUAAUUUAUUUCACCUUUUUAGCUAUUUGAUAUUUAUUUGGUGUGUGUAUCUUCAAAUCCAAAUUAUGAAUACCCCAGAUUCAGUGCAUGAAUGAGAAAGUGCAAAUAUUGAUAUGAAAAAAGAACUGGAAAACAAACCAAGUACUGUAUACUGAAGCAUACUUGCUGAUAUAUUCACGUUCCAGCUACAGUAUGAAAGCCCCGACUUGAAACGACACCCCAGAGGUCACAAAGUGCACGGCACGGCUGGCACUGACAAAUGUAGUCGAGUGUAUCGCGGACCAUGUCAACUCAAUCAUUUUGUGACUGCUGGCGAGUUGCACAAAUUUUUAGGCUUUCGUCAUCUCAAAAAGGGCAUCCAAUAUCCAGAAUAACAGUGAUACAUAAAUAUGUUAAUGUGCAUGCAAAUGCACUCAUGAAAUGAACUGGAAUGGUCUCGCUAGAAGUGGGACAAUCCACACGAUCACUGAAAAGAUAGUGUCACCAAAAUAGGAGGCGUCUGAAAAUAACCUUGUCAGUAAUUGAUCUUUAUGUGAUGUAUGUCAGUAUUACUAGUGCUUUGCUAAAAGCUCUUCCUUGUCACACUGUCACACAGUAAUUUUUACCCUAGAAUCUCACGAAAUAAAAAAAAAAUAUAGACUUGGAGAUCGGUUUAUUUCACUAGAGCUAAUGAGAUACUUUCCCAUGAUGCUAUGAGAGUUAGGCCGCAGCUAAGCUUGUCUUGUAACAGCACACCAGUGUGUCUUAAAUAGUACAUGGUAGAAGAGUGCAAAAGCAGAAUACCUGGAUGUGAAUUUGCACCAGUGUUUUAACAAUACAUCUAAGAUUGUCUUGAACGCAAAAACAGCAACAACUUUGUCGUAAACUAGAACGUCCACCUCUGCAGCCGUGUCAGUGUCGACGAACUAGAAGCUUUAUUUGAACUGUCCGUUUUUCAUGCUUUGUGUAGGUGAAACGUACUUCAGUGUUAACACUGCCACUUUUUAAGUUUAGGGACUCUGUCAACACACGCUUUAAAACUGCCUUUUCUCCAGUACUGCUGUGUCACCUGAGCUUCCACGCCUGUCAUGUCUUGUGUGUGUCGAGAUGAAUUGUGACAAAUGUCUGAUGAGUGUUCACGUGUUUUCUGUGGCUCUGGAUAGUUCUAUUUUAAUAAAAACCAACAGUAUAAU